UCCCGUUGGCUCGCAUUUGUGGGGACGCAUGUGGGCCAAUCACCUCCAUUUUGUAGGGUGACCGAGCGUGGGUGUAGAAAAACCCCAGUGGGUUUCGCCAAUAUAUUCCAAGCGCUCCACCGCCCUCGUCGAUCGAUCCUCUCGCCCAGGCGCUCGCGAUCCCAUGGCGGCGGUAGCGGCAGCGGCAAUUCCUUGCGCGGCGGCGGUGGCGGUGACGGCAGCGCCAGCAAUCAGAUCCACCAGGAGCUCCAGCAAUGGAUUCUCCAAGGCCGCGAGCAUCAGCAGCGGCAGUGGCCGCGGCGCCUUCCACAGGUUUGGCCUGAAAUCCUCGCUCUCCACCUCCCGGAUAGUGGCCAUGGCGACUUACAAGGUCACAUUGAAGACCCCCAAGGGCGAGGAGGUUCUAGAGGUCCCGGAUGACACUUACGUUCUGGAUGCCGCGGAGGAGGCCGGGAUCGACGUGCCCUACUCGUGCCGCGCCGGCGCAUGCUGCAGCUGCGUGGGCAAGAUCGUCUCCGGCACUGUGGACCAGUCGGAUGGAUCGUUCCUGGACGACGAUCAGAAGGCCGGGGGCUACGUUCUCACUUGCGUGGCAUACCCGACCAGCGAUGUGGUGAUCGAGACGCACAAGGAGGACGAGCUCGCAGGAUGAGGCGCGAGGUCGGCCAUAGUCUCUAAGAAUUCUUCCUCUUCUUCUUCCCUCUUCGCAUUUUGUGCCUGGUUCUUUUGGAGAGUUUUCUCUGCUUUGGUUCUACUCCUGUUUCUCUUGCUUCUCUUCCUUGGUUUCAUGUGGGUUGUGGUGAGAUGAGAUGAGGAGAAGGCUCUCUCGUUUUUGGUAUCUCUCUCUUUUUUUCUCUCUCUCCCGCCGGGUGUCAAUGUCCAGCAGCCAUUGGCAUGGUCUGGCUGAGAGUAUCAAUAUAUAUUCUUCAUUGAAUAAGUUAAGGCU